AUGUCCAGCUUGUCGGUGCGCUCGUUGUCGCCCAGCUUGGCGGUCGGGGCUGUCAAGAACUUUGACGGCAUCAAGGAGGUGGAUGUGAAGCUGUCGGUGCGGGGCAACCCGCGUGGCCGCGGCACCGAGGCGCACCACCAGCGCGAGCAGAUAGUCGAGGUCACGGUGUUCACGCUGCGGCACGGCGUGGUGCGCGUGGAGGAGCACGAGGAUGACUUGUAUGCGGCCGUCGACCUGGUGUCCGACAAGCUCAAGCGCAAGCUGGUCAAGGUCAAGGAGCGGGCGGUGCAGAAGGCCAACUGGCCGGGCCGCGGCGGCCCCAAG